CAAUUUUUUUUCUGCCUUUGGGUUUUUUUUUUUAAUGGAUAGUACUGACAAUUGUUGAAGGUUUUAUGGUUUUCUGUUGAAAGGGACAUUGGUAACCGAUUAGGUUUGCUGUAGCCAUGUCAGGAUCAGCCCCCGAGGAGCCUCAGACCAUUCCUCAGAGCCCAGCUAGUGUUGCUGACCCCGCUCCCGUUGCUGUCGGACCUGGAGGCUCAAGUGACAGUUCCUUUGGUGAGCAAAACCUUGGCUUCGCCACCCCCGAGGCCAGCCUGGUGGAGAUGAUGGACAUUGAGUACACCCAGCUGCAGCACAUACUUUGCUCGCACACGGAGGCGCAGAGUAGCGAAGGUGAAGUGGAAGCCAGGCUCAGCGCUUUCUCCUCGCCUGGCCCCUCUGCAGACCCCCCUCUGCAGCAGCCCUCCCCCAGCACCAGUCAGGACGGGGGCUCAUCCAACAGCUCUGGGAACCAGUCGGUCUGCCCAGUGACCUGUCAGUCAGGGUUGCCUUGUGACAGCUACUGGCCGAGUUCUAACCCGCACCUGGGCUAUGCUGACUUGCAGGAGCUCAGGAUGAUGUUACUUAGCGAGUCCAACCUCCCCGUGAACCAGAGAGAGAAAGCGCCCAGCAGUAGUAGCUCUGUAGAAGUCUCGGGAUGCAGUGUAGCAAAAGCUAAACAGGGUGAAAAUUUCUUGGGGGAGAAUAAGGAAAACAUAUUUGUUGAAAAUUCGGCACUGGCACCAGAGGUUAGAUCUAAACCUGCAGUCAGAGCUCGGUUGGAAGACAGAUUCAACAGCAGCCCGACAGAAAACCCCAGAUGUCAAGAACCCCAAGAAUCUGGAGUAACUCUUAACAAUUUAGUGACAUUGAUCCGCCAGCCCUCAGAAGUGGUGGGUGUUCCUCUUCACCAGCAAGGGAACAGGUGUGCUGCACUAGGGAAAAAUAAGGCUGCACCUGCCACACAUUCCUUACCAUUCACUUACCCGUUCUUUACCAUGAAUGCAUGUUCUGCUGCUGGAAGUGCUAACCCUUCCCAAGCACAGACCUGUGGAACAUCUUGCACUAUUUUGGAAGCUGCCAAACAUCAAGACCUUGGGAUACCCAAAACAUUCCCUUUUCUUUAUCAGGAAGUUGAAUCCACGAAACAGACAGUAGGUGCUAUAAAUAAAGCUUUGCCUGAGGAAGUUUGGAUUAAAGUUGGAGGAAAUAAAAGCUCAAUGGGUCCUCUGACUGCAUCAAGAUUUUGUCUUUUCUGGAGCUGAUUAUUUAAACUGCAUUAAGAAUUCCCUGCUUCAGGUAACUGGGAAGACUUCACUCUAAAAAUGAUCUUGAAAGGAAGCCUAGCAAUAAAACCUUUAAC